CCCUGCAUUCAAAGGAAAAUAAAUAAAAAGGAAGAAGAAAACUUUAUUGUGAUUCUCUUCCUCUUUUUUUUCCUUUUUUACUUUUAACGAUGAACUCUCAUCAUGCUUCACUCGGUCGACGGACGCUGGAGGAGAUUCGUCAAAAGAGAGCCGCCGAAAGAAUCAGCAAAGCUUCAUCUGUAUCUGAUCUCAUUCAAGCUCCAAUUCCAGCCGAUAUUCCAGUCAUGAAGAAAUCAGGAAGCGAAAAUAGACUCUCUGAGGCAGAUGUUAGUGGUUUAGUAUCUCAGUUGAAGGACUUGCAGAAGAAAAAUGCUGAGUUAGAAGAAAAUAACAAGAUAUUAUCUGUGAAGCUUCAAGCUAAAGAAGUCAAGCAUGAAACACUGCAAACACGGUUUAAUGAGCUGGAACAAAACACUGUACCAUCUCUAAGAAAGGCUCUGAAAGAUGUUGCUAUGGAGAAAGAUGCUGCUGUUGUUGCUCGGGAGGACCUCUCGGCCCAACUUCGCAUGCUCAAGAAACGCCUGAAAGAGGCAGAAGAUGAGCAGUACAGAGCUGAGGAAGAUGCAGCUGCCUUGAGGGCUGAACUCAACUCGAUGCAGCAACAAUUGAUGAACAAUUCAUUUAGUGGAAUAAAUGCCAUGGGGACUUCACCAGAUCAAGUACAAGCAUUAGAAAAUGAGUUGGCUAGAUUGAAGUCUGAAUUACAGAAAGAGUCAUUGUUGAGGCAGCAAGAGCGACAGCAAUUAGCAGAGGAGCAAGCUCGGGUUUCUGCCCUGACUUCAGGAAAGCAGGAACUGGAAGAAAGAAUUUCUGCUAUGUCCAAAAGGGGUUCAGAGAAAUCAGAAGUAGUCUCAGAGAAAGUAGCACACAAGGAAUUGUCAGCGGAAGACAGAGAAAAACUCGAGAGACAGCUACAUGAUAUGGCUGUAGCAGUGGAGAGGCUUGAAAAUAGUAGACAAAAACUUCUAGAGGAGAUUGAUAACCAAUCUACGGAGAUUGAAAGGCUCUUUGAGGAAAAUUUUAAUCUCUCGUCCUCUUAUCAAGAGGCUAUGGCCAUAGCAAAGCAGUGGGAGAAUCAGGUUAAAGACUGUCUCAGGCAAAAUGAAGAGCUUCGUAGAGUUCUAGAUAACUUGAGAGCAGAGCAGGCUAGUUUGCUGUCUACAAAUGGUUCAUUAGGGGUCCAUAAAGGCGGGGCUACUGAAACUGAUUUACAGGCCAAUACAACUGAAAUUCUCUCCCUCAAGGGACAACUUGUGCAAGAGCAGAGCAGAGCAGAUUCACUAUCAGCCGAAGUAAUGCAGCUUUCAGCACGUCUCCAGCAAGCGACACAAGCAUAUAACAGUCUUGCACGCCUCUAUAAACCAGUUCUCCGCAACAUUGAAAGCAGUCUCAUCAAAAUGAAGCAAGACGGCCACAUUACUGUCUAGGGGAAUACAGUGGCGCAGUUUUGUGUGGUGUAAUUUGUUUCUUGGACAGAGGAUUAAAUUUCUGCAGGCUUUCUUUUUCGUUUGAAAUGAGCCAUUCGUUAUUUUUAUGAGACUAUUAAUGUAGAGGAGCGUUGGAACUCAAGGGCUAUGGAAUCGAAUCGACCAAAAUUAAUUAUCA